AUGUUUGUGGUUGGCCCGGAUGUCGGAUAGACACACGUGGGGUUCCUGUGCCUUGUGUUUUCAUAAAUGUUUUGUGCGUAAAUUUGACAACUACCGCUAGCCAUGUUAAAGUCCAAAACGUUUGUUAAAAAGACCCGCUCGGGUGGCGUGUUGAAAAUAGUACGUGAACACUAUCUGCGGGAUGAUAUUUGGUGCGGAUGUGAAGUUUGUAGCGAAUGUAAAGACGAAUCUCCGGUACUGCAGCGUGAUGCCUGUAUAGAGAGCAACCUGUGCACCUUUCCUCACUAUCUCAUCCCGGACACUAAUGUAGUCCUGCAUCAGAUCGACAUUCUGGAGGAUCCCCUGAUCAGGAAUGUGAUCAUCCUGCAGACGGUUUUACAGGAGGUCCGACACAGAAGUGCUCCAGUGUACAAACGGAUUAAAGAUGCUAUCCAUGACAAGGAGAAACAUUUUUAUACAUUCACUAAUGAACAUCACAGGGAGACAUUUGUUGAAAGGGAGCAGGGUGAGAGCGCCAACGACCGCAAUGACCGAGCCAUUCGCGUGGCGGCUAAGUGGUACACAGAGCACCUGAGCAAAUCACCGAGCGGUGCAGAGCUGAAAGUGGUGCUGCUCACAAAUGACCGCGCAAACAAGGAGAAAGCCGAACAGAGCGGCGUGAUCGCUUACAAAUGUGAGGAGUACAUCAGAAGCCUGAUUGGCAAUCCCGAGCUGGUGGACAGACUGGCACUGACCUCUGAUGAUCAAAAUGAGAUCAGUGGCAGUAAAGUACUUUUCCCAGAGCAUCUGCCUCUGUCCAAGAUUCAGACGGGUAUCAAGAGCGGCGCCUUUCUGCAGGGGUCGUUCCGGGCAAACACCGACAACUACCUGGAGGCUACCGUCUUCAUCCAUGGAGAAGGAGACAAGACCACGGAGGUUCUCCUCCAGGGCCUGCAAAACCUGAACCGGGCCGUGCACCAGGACGUUGUGGCUGUGGAGCUCUUCCCCAAAGAUCGCUGGGUCGCUCCUUCUUCUGUGGUGCUGCAGGACGAUCGGCAGAAUGAUGAAGACACAGAGGAAGAGGAGGCAGAGAAGAAGCUGGAGAGCCCUGUACCGGAUACCACUAUGCUAAAGCCCACUGGCCGUGUGGUGGGGAUUAUCAAGAGGAACUGGCGGCCCUUCUGCGGGAUGCUCAACCAGUCUCAAAUCAAAGAGGCCACCAGGCAUCUGUUCACUCCUGCAGACAGAAGAAUCCCACGGAUCCGCAUCGAGACACGUCAGGCCUCCACUUUGAUAGGCCAGAGGAUCAUCGUGGCCAUUGACGGCUGGCCGAAGAAUUCCAGAUAUCCCAAUGGUCACUUUGUGAGGAACCUGGGAGGGGCAGGUGAUAAGGAGACAGAGACAGAGGUUCUGCUUUUAGAGCACGACGUUCCGCACCAGGCUUUCUCACAGGCCGUGCUCAGCUUCUUACCCAAAAUGCCCUGGAGUGUCACAGAAGAGGAUCUGAAAGUGAGAGCGGAUCUGAGGCACCUGUGUGUGUGCAGUGUCGACCCUCCUGGAUGCACAGACAUUGAUGAUGCCUUACACUGUCGUGAACUGGACAACGGAAACCUGGAGGUCGGUGUCCAUAUUGCAGACGUGAGCCACUUUAUUCGCCCAGGAAACGCGUUAGAUCAGGAGGCAGCCAACAGAGGCACCACAGUCUAUCUGUGUGGAAAGAGGAUUGAUAUGGUUCCUGAGCUUCUGAGCUCUAAUCUCUGCUCUCUGCGCUCCAAUGUGGAAAGGUUAGCAUUUUCCUGUAUUUGGGAAAUGAACCACAACGCUGAAAUCAUAAAUACCCGCUUCACCAAGAGUGUCAUUAAUUCCAAGGCCUCUCUGACAUACGCUGAAGCUCAGAUGCGAAUUGAUGACUCCAGCAUGAACGACGACGUCACCAAGAGCCUCCGGGGUCUGAACAAGCUGGCCAAGAUCUUAAAGGGCCGGCGAAUUGAAAAAGGGGCCCUGACGCUGUCCUCUCCUGAAGUGCGGUUCCACAUGGACAGUGAGACUCAUGACCCUAUAGACCUCCAGACUAAAGAGCUAAAAGACACUAACUCCAUGGUGGAGGAGUUCAUGUUGCUGGCGAACAUCUCUGUGGCCCAGAAGAUCUAUGAGGAGUUCUCUGAGUGUGCUCUUCUCAGGAAACACCCUGCGCCUCCUCCAUCCAACUACGACAUCCUUAUCAAGGCCGCCAAGUCAAAGAAUCUAGUGAUCCGGACGGAUUCUGCCAAGGCUCUGGCUGAUUCUCUGAACGAGGCCACUCUGGAGAAUUUUCUCUACUUCAACACACUGCUGCGUAUCUUAGCCACACGCUGCAUGAUGCAGGCCGUUUACUUCUGCUCGGGGAUGGACAGCGACUUCCACCAUUACGGCCUGGCCUCACCCAUCUACACACACUUCACCUCGCCCAUCAGGAGGUACUCUGACAUCAUAGUGCACCGGCUGCUGGCUGUGGCCAUCCACGCUGACAGCACCUACCCCGAGCUCAUGGACAAACACAAGCAGUCAGCUCUGUGCAACAACCUCAACUACAGACACAAGAUGGCGCAGUAUGCCCAGAGAGCCUCAGUGGCCUUCCACACACAGCUCUUCUUCAAGAACAAAGGUAUCCUGAACGAAGAAGGCUUCAUUUUGUUUGUAAGGAAGAACGCCAUCAUCAUCCUCAUCCCAAAGUUCGGCCUGGAGGGCACGGUGUUCUUCGAGAACAAGGACAAACCGGGACCACGGCUCAGCUUCGACUCUGAGGGCCCCACUCUGACCGUGGCGGAUCAGCACACUUUCCACAUGUUCGACAAGGUGAAAGUGACCAUCAGUCUGGAUGCCUCCAACAUCCAGCACCAGAAGAUCAGGAUGGCUCUGUUAGAGCCAGUGAUCCCGGGUGUCAGUGUGCCGUUACCAGAACUAGAACCCGAGGCAAAGAAACCCAAACUGGAUCGCUGAGACCUCUGACUGCCUUCACCAUCUGUGUCUAGUUUCUUAUUUUAAUGCUCAUUUUUAAAUCUCUGUAAAUAUUCUUUUGCUCAGUCGGGUCUAGGAGUUAUAAUAUAGAGACAUGGAGCUCUGUAUGAAUUGUAGGUCAGUUUCAGGAGUGUGUGAUUGGAUUUCUGGGCGAUACAUUAUUCUGUUUCACUGAACGUCACAAAACUGGCCUUUGGUUCAGGAACAAAUGGAUUAUAAAUUUACCGACAUUAACAGCAGAACAACUGUUAUUAAUUAAAAUGAGUUUUUUAAACAAA